AUGCGUCGUACAGAGAAUGUUUGUGCCAGCAUUGAUCUGGAGUGUACUGAGCAGAUGCGUCGUACAGAGAAUAUGAUUGCAGAAGUAAUGUCUCGCAGAAUAUUUGAGAUUGUGGCUUACGUAAAAGCUCAUGGUAUUGACCAUGCGCUUACCGACUUAGUGCGUUUGGUAAGCGCGACGGCCCCUGGACGAUUGGAAUGGAAGGAGUUUCGUGAGCUCUCGCUUGCGAAGGGGCAAUUUGGCAGCUGCUUCGAAGCAACUGAUGAGGAGGCAAAUGUGCAUUAUUCAAUCAACCUUUUCACGGGUCUCGUUCUUACCGAUGGUCACGCUCCUGGAGGUCUUCCAUCCGACAUUCGUCAGCACGAGAACUUCGGACUUUGUUCGGCCACUGCAAUUUCAAAGUCCUUACCUCGAAUGGCGUGUUUUCGAAGCGAGCGGAAGUAUAAUGAUCGUUUGUACGACUUCACACUCGAAGAUGGAGAGUUGCAUGUUCAAGAGCUGACAUCUGAUACUUCGGGUGACAUUAUCAUGACGCUACAGUUGUGUUCCAGUAGUUGGGUGAAAACUCUGACCAAUCUCCCAGCUCGGUUGCAGAGUCUGUAUUCGCACUGGUAUUGGGCGGAAAUGCACUGUGUUCUCUUUCGUCCGAAAGAGGCAAAGUGUCGAGACGUGUUAUUCGUUGCCAAAGUUGACGAAGAUGGUUUAAUGCAAUGCUACAGAGUACCGGUCAGCGACACGACGCGGCCUUAUGGCGAACUGAUGGAAAAUCUCGAUGUGUACGACCGUUUUGUGUGCACAGAGAAAUUGCUUCUCACCGUGUUUGACGUGCUGGUGAAGUUCGAAGAAGCACGGUUUCUUCAUCCGCUAAAAUCACCUGAUGGAGUAGUACGCAUUGAGCUGCCUCGAUUCAAGCUGUCAUUCUAUCUGAAUGGCAUCUCGCAGUUUGAAUCGGUGGAGCACAAAGGCUAUAUUCUAGCGACAAAUCAGCAGUUUGACGAUUUUCUGCCAAGGUUUCAGCGAUACUUGGUGCUCAUGUUGAAAGACAGCUCCGACACAUCUCGACCAGAACUUCGCUUGCUACUUCCGGUAGGUGUUGUGAAGGAAGCAGCUGAUGGCGUGGUCGAUAUCACAAUUUGUGGCGAGGCAAGUAGGGUUAUGGACGUGGCAUGCUACGAUAUUCACCGCCGAUUGAAGACAUUUGAGACCGAGACCAUUUAUGCAAGACUGCAGUUUGCUGCUAUCUGUGCUCGAGCUGGAACGGACGUGCCGAGCAAGCGAUUGGGUAUGACCGGAUCAGAGGCAGCGAUACAAAUUUUACGAGCAUGCAGGUCGAGUCGACCAUUUUCGGGCGCGGAAAACGAAGCUUUAUUGUCGAUAUACAGGUUGAGCUACCGUGAGCCAGCGGUAAAGAUCUUGGUUUUGGCAUUACGCACAGACGCUAACCGCCUCGCGUUUCUCUUCGGGCAAACGCAUACAAUUGCUCCGGCGAUGGAAAGUACCGAUGAGAAAACGGAGUAUGCGAACAUGUGUUCGAACCAAGUCCAGCGUAAUCCUUUGCGAUCGCAAUUGCGAAGCAAGGAAGAGGGGCGCAUUCUUGGUCAUGUGCAACACUCGUCGGUAUCUUUUUCAGUAGAAGAAGCAAUCACGUGUGACUCAUCCUCAGUAGCUGACGACUACGUUAGGUCUAUCGAAAAACGCCUUGGACUUUUUCUUUGGAAGGACGCAAGCAAAGUGAAACAUAUUCCAACAUUUGCACUGGAUUGCAAUUCCACAAACGCCAUGGGCACAGGGAUGUUGGAUGAAUUGAAAUCGAGCUGGGAUAGCUACCACUCGCAAAGCGAAGCACGGCUGAAGGCUGAGCCAGCUGUGCUACUUGACGCAUUUGAGACGGUUCUGCAAGAAGUAUCAUCUCAUCGUAUCGAGAUGGAAACUUGUGUACGGGACUGCGUUACGAAAGCGAGAAGCAGCACCUAUGACCGCCUUCUGAAGCUUGCAAACUUCUUGCCGUUGCUUACUGUAAGUGAUAUUGUCCGCUGUGGGUUUGAUGGAGCUACUCUGCACACACUGGCGCCGAAGUUGAGUGAAACAUCGAGAGAACUGGUAACGAAAGAUGUAUUCAAUUACAUGGAAUUAUGCGUACUUGAAGAUAAGUUGAAGAGGCUUAUCUGGAUGGCGAGGCGUAGUGGUGAGGUCUCGAACACCAUCAUGAUUGAUGAGCUGAUGAACACGCGCCAGUGGCAGUCGGCGGAACAUCCAUACUGGUUGGCGUUCGAAGUGGAAGGUAGACUCCAGAUUCGACAUGAGCAAUUUGUGAUCGCUCGCCACCUCAUCGAUCGCCCAGGAACAGUUUGCCAGCUCAACAUGGGGCGUGGUAAGACCUGA